AAAUGAUUUAACGUGUAUUUAAAAAGGCGGUUGCUAACAAUUUGCUAAAUGUGAUUAAAGACAUUGUCAGGGACAUUAAACGUCAUCACGACGAACAGGAAAAAACUUUGCAGAUAAACUGGUUCAGGUGUGCAGUGCACAAUUCCCAAAAAUGUGGAUGAAGAUUCAUCCACUGAAUAAAUCUGUAUUAUGGAAAAUGUUCUUAAAUCAAGUUUAGAGAAGUCGACGCAAGCUUGGUGGUGGUGACGUUGAAGUCAAGCGACCGUAGUGUAGUUAGUUUACAGCAUAUUGUUAGGUUUUUAUUUCUGGCGAUUGUAUUAGGCUUCAAGCUUCAUAAAACGUUGUGUUGGUUUGUGAAAAGUAUCUUGAUGGACAAAACGUGUGAGUAUUGUAAAGUUUUGUUGAUCACAGAGAUUAUUUUCUGCGAUAAUCCAAAAGCCUAUGGGAAAAUCCUAUUGGGUUUUUGUCGAGGGAACAAGAGUGAUUCUAACUUCCGGGUUGGAGUACGACAUGACGUCAUCCCAGGGCCACUCUAUUGAGCGCUACAUGAACCACGUGACUGCGUGGCGGCGAGAUCAAAGAGUGUCGCCACUCUCUUUUUCAACACACACACACACACACACACAGAGAGAGAGAGAAAGAGAAAGCUCGGAUUUUUUCUUCGCGACUGUCUGAUUGGUGUUUAAGAACACAGGAAGUGUCGAGGCUUUAACACAGACACUUCUCAUUCAGUCAGUCAUCAGUGUGACAGGAUGGAGCUCCGUCCACUCUGUGUGUUUCUCUUGAUGACUGGACUCAUCCACUGUACACAAACAGGACAAGAAGUGCAAGGGCAAACAAACGGAGAGACUGAAUGGGUCACAGUGACAGGAGACAAAAAGUUAGAGACAACUCCGGGAGAGGAAGUGCAAGGGGGAACAAACAAAGAGACUGAAGGGGUCACAGUGACAGGAGACAAAAAGUUAGAGACAACUCCAGCAAGACCAAAGCCUGCAGUGAAAGUACAACCAGCUGAGCGUGUGUUCAUUGGGGAAAACGUUACUCUCACAUGUGAGAUACAGACUGGAGAAUCCUGGCGUUACCUCUGGUAUAGAAAUAAUGAAGAACUCAGUGAUGCUGCAGGAAAGAAAACAUACACAAUCACUCAUAUAAAAGACUCUCAUAAAGGUGAUUAUACAUGUAAUGGAACACAGUCAUCAGACCCAGAAUACACACAGACCAGUGAUGCUGUUACACUGACUGUAUCAGAGAGUCCUAAACCUGUGGUGAUUAUAAAGCCUGAUACACAGGUGUUCAGAGGAGAGAGAGUGACUUUCAGCUGUGACAUACAGGGAGGAGGAGACACUGAGUGGACGUACGACUGGUAUAGGGACGAUAAAACAUUCAACCCAUCCAUCACAGCACAGGGGAUCAUCAUCAGUGAUUAUGACAGUGGUAAAUACACCUGCAGAGGGAGGAGGAGAAGUGACUCUCAGAUCUCAAAGACGAGUGAUCCUGUUACACUCACUGUAUCAGAAAAACCUAAACCUCAACUCACAUCAGAUCUUAAAGGACCUGCACUGAACGGAAACUCAGUGAAUCUGUACUGUACAGUGAAGCUGCCGUCUGAUGGAUGGAAGUUUUACUGGAUCAAACGAAGACAGAGCACUGAGACUGAGACUGACACUGAAACAUACACCUACAGUAGAUCAGUUAGUGUCUAUGAUGGAGGUUAUUACAAGUGCAGAGCUGGAAGAAGAAACCGAGUCUACUACACACACUACAGUGAUGAACUCAGGGUAGAUGUUAUUGUGAAGCCUAAACCUGAGGUGAUUAUAAAGCCUGAUACACAGGUGUACAGAGAAGAGAAAGUGACUCUCACGUGUAACAUACAGGGAGGAAGAGACACUGAGUGGACAUACAGCUUUUAUAAGAAUGAUAUAGAGUACCGUCACCACACAACACAGGAGUUCACCAUCAGCUCAGUUAAAAACUCUGACAGUGGUAAAUACACCUGCAGAAGGUCCAGAAGCAGUUACUAUCAGAUCUCAGAGAUCAGUGAUGCUGUUACACUCACUGUAUCAGAAAAACCUAAACCUGAACUCACAUCAAGCCUUAAAGGAGCUGUACUGACAGGAAACUCAGUGACUCUGUCCUGUACACUGAAGCCGCAGUCUGCUGGAUGGAAGUUUUACUGGAUCAAACCCACACAGAACACUGAGAGUGAGACUGAAACACACUCCUACACCAUCAACCCAGUUAGUGUCUCUGAUGGAGGUCAGUACAGCUGCAGAGCUGGAAGAGGAAACCCAGUCUACUACACACACUACAGUGAUGAACUCAGGGUAGAUGUUAUUGAGAGUCCUAAACCUGUGGUGAUUAUAAAGCCUGAUACACAGGUGUUCAGAGGAGAGACUGUGACUUUCAGGUGUGACAUACAGGGAGGAGACACUGAGUGGACAUACGACUGGUAUAGGUAUAGGAACGAUAACACAUUCCACACAUCCCUAACAACACAGGAGAUCAGCACCAGUAAUUAUUACAGUGGUGAAUACACCUGCAGAGGGAGGAGGAGAAGUGACUCUCAGAUCUCAAAGACGAGUGAUCCUGUUACACUCACUGUAUCAGAAAAACCUAAACCUGAACUCACAUCAAGCCUUAAAGGAGCUGUACUGACAGGAAACUCAGUGACUCUGUCCUGUACACUGAAGCCGCAGUCUGCUGGAUGGAAGUUUUACUGGAUCAAACCCACACAGAGCCCUGAGACUGAAACACACUCCUACACCAUCAGAUCAGUUAGUGUCUCUGAUGGAGGUCAUUACUGGUGCACAGCUGGAAGAGGAAACCCAGUGUACUACACAGACUACAGUGAUGCACUCUGGGUAAAUGUUAUUGAGAGUCCUAAACCUGUGGUGAUUAUAAAGCCUGAUACACAGCUGUUCAGAGGAGAGAGAGUGACCUUCAGGUGUGAAAUACAGGGAGGAGACAUUGAGUGGACAUACGACUGGUAUAGGGACGAUAAAACAUCCUACCCAUCCCUCACAACACAGGGGAUCAUCAUCAGUGAUUAUGACAGUGGUAAAUACACCUGCAGAGGGAGGAGGAGAAGUGACUCUCAGAUCUCAAAGACAAGUGGUCCUGUUACACUCACUGUAUCAGGUGAGUGUGUGUGUGUGUGUGUGUGUGUGUGUGUGUGUGUGUGUGUGUGUGUGUGUGUGAAUGUAUGCUAUUACUUAUAUAUGUAAAAGUUAUCACUAGUUUCAGAUUUUGUUCCAGAUUUUAUCAUAUGUAUAACACAGUCUCAUUAUAAUGAUUUUACAGGUCCUUUUUCUCUUUACUUUUGAUUUUCACUUUCCUAUUUUAAAGUAACUGAUUAAUUUGAUUUGUAAAGAAUCACUACAACUUAUUAGCUAUUCUGAUUGGUUUGAUAUUUUUCCUCAGCUAUUAUUUAAAUUGUUAGAAAUAAUUGAUAUUUAAGAGAAACACAUUCUUCUUCACCUAAUAGUCAAGCUGAUUCUUCUGCCAAAGUUUCACUGCUGUGCUUUUACAGUAAAGAGUUAAAUGAUUUAAUGACAUUAAAAAAAGACACUAAUGUGUGCAGCGUGGUUCAGAAUUUGAGAAACGAUUUAUAAAACAUCAUGUGGAA